AUGACCAGCACAUUCUCUUUGCGAAGAAAGGAAAUUGUUGAGGACCAGCCACUUGUGACGGUCAUCAAAGAUAGAUGGCCAGCACUGUUCUCUGAACGUCAGAUUGAAGCCGAGUUUGCUCGCCUCACCACUGUUGACCUGAAAGGCUGUUUCUUUGCUGGCCUGGACAAGUAUCUGCAGAGGUUCAUUGAUCUCUACAGAGCCAAGACUGGUGUGGUGGAGCUGAAGAAGCUGUUGACAACACUGGAUAGUGAUUGUUCCAACCAAUGGAGAAGGACCAUCGUGCUGAUGAGGCUCCCCCACUACCUCAAAGAUGUUGCGUCCAACUUUUACAAGAAAGUUCAGGCCACAGUUGCUGAGGAGGACAUGACGAGAGGAAUGACCGUGGGCAUCCUCGUGGUGGCAGACGGGAAUUAUACUUUUGGUUUCGCUGUGGUCAUCGAGGAAGAAAUCAUCCUUCCGUCGCUCAGUGAUUUUCCAACAGCUGUGGCACUUCUAAUGGGUCUGCUCUACGCACUGAACAUUGACUACCCCAAAGAUACAAGGUACACAUUUGAAGUCAUUCAGAAGGUGCUCAUGGACAUUGGUGGAGGCCAUUGCAUUGCGUUGGUUCAUGGCUUGAGAAACAGACUCUUGAGGAAAACCAUGUAA